CCUGCAGUAUUUUUUUAAUUCGUGUUUAAAGUCGGGACUAUUUCUUGCUUAGCGUAACAAUAUUUUCGCUCCGAGAGGUGACGGUUUUGUAACGUGCGUCACAUUCGACCAAUCAGGUAGCCGCGCAGAUCCCAGAUGGCGAUGUCAACAACGUCUAGCGAUGAAGAGGAAAAUACUCUAAAACAUCUAAAACACCUUAAAAAAGUUAGAAAAAAGAACAACAAAAUAUGCUACAUGCAUGUUACGUCUGUACGGAAUGAAGAGGUGAAUGAUUUCACUAUCAGAAGGUGGGAUACUUAUAGAAAUUGUUUGCAACGGUGGCUUUGCUGUCAUAGCGACUCUCAUAAAUUAGCCGAGACAUUUAAAUCCUGUAUUGAUGUUGAAUAUAAAGAUAUUCCUGGUGACGCUGGGUUUCACCCGACUUGUUACCGGCGGUUCAUUGAUAAAAGGCGAUUGGAUUCUGCCGAAAAACGGGCCAAACGGCUGGCUGUGGGUCAAGAUGAGUCUGUGCCAUCGGACAACGCUUCAGGCUCAGGCUCAAGUGACAUUCCACGGAAAAAACUAAGAUCGAAGACGGGCCUGCCUAUCGGUUCUGCUGGCCUCGUGCUCCCUGCCUUUUGUAUAAUUUGCAAGAAAACGGACAAGAGCAUUACUGUGGGAGGCAAACGGCAGAAAGACCAUCUUUCACAAGCAGAAACGCUUUCAGCAGGCCAGUUGAUGAACGCUGCCAGGAUAAAGCAAGACAGUAGCAUUCUCUUGCAUAUUCAAGACAGAGACUGUGUGGCCAUAGGGGUGCGGUACCACAAGUCCUGUUACAGACAGUACACCAGGUUCCUGACAAAGUCUGCUGUAACAGCUAAUGGAACCGCAGACGAAGAAGUAAGUGAACCAACCUUUGAUGCCAGCUACAAGAUAUUCUGCGAGAGGAUCAUCCGCCAAAGGAUAAUUGUAAAUCAGGAGGUGCUGAGAAUGAACCAGCUACGACGAAUGUUUUUAAAUACGGUGCAAAAACAUGAAGAUCGUGAUGCUUCAAACUACAGGCAGGAUAAAUUGAAGAGAAGGCUGACCCUGGACUUUCCCCAACUGGUGUUUCACUCCCCCGGCAAGCGCAACAUCAGCGAACUGGUUUUUGUUGAGACAUUGUCUGCAGAUACGCUGAUAGACAGGCUACCUCAUCCAUCAGGUACAGACACGGAGUCAACUGAACUAAGCCAAGCUGAAAGUGACACUGAACACAUGGCAAGAACAACAGCUGGUCCGCAAACUACUGAGAACACAAGGACACUUUAUAGUGCAGCGCUGAUAUUGAAGCAGCUACUAUGUGACUCUCCCGGUAUGACGUGCCCCUGGCCACCCACAUCAGAUGAUUUAAAUGUGUCUGAUGCAAAAUCUGUUGUGCCACUUGAACUGUACAAUGUUAUUGCUUGGAUUGUAGGUGCAACAGAGGAACCAACAUUAGCCUGUUAUGUUGAUAUUCCAGAAGAUUUGAACCUAAAAGUGAUAUCUGUUUGUCAAGACAUUAUGUAUCUUGCAUCUAAAGGUCGGAGGCAGACACCCAAAUCGUUAUGUCUUGGUCUAAGUAUUCGCCAUUUAACAGGUUCCUCACAAGUUGUGUCACUGCUGAGUGGACUAGGACAUUGUGCUUCAUGGGACACAGUUGUCAGUCUAGACACUAGCCUUGCCCAACUACAACUACUAGAGGGCAGAGACAAAAUCCCAGUUGGAUUCUCGAAGAAGACUCCUACAAUACUGGUGUGGGACAAUAUUGACUUUGGGGAGGAGACACUGUCAGGUCGUGGAACUACUCACCAUACAAAUGGCAUUAUGCUGCAAAGUUCUGUCGCUGAACCUGUGUUAAGAACAAACAGACAACCACUACAGAAGGGAGUGUCCUCAUUCAAAGCACCCCCUAGCACUCCUGUAGAACACUACCAACAGUCUAAAAGACAAGGGCCACAGAACUUGUGUCAUCAUCAUACUAUUCCACUGCAGCUGGAAACAUACAGAUUGAACACCGUGUCUGAAGCCCAAACUGAACUGGCAUAUGUUUUUGUAAAAUACAUAGAUGCUGAACGAUGCACAGUCCCAAGCUGGACAGGUUUCCAUACAUUGCUUCAAGGUGAUGCUACUCUGCAAAAGUCAGCACUGCAUUAUCUUCCAGUCAUUGAGGCUUCACCGACAGAGAUGUCAACGGUAAACACAAUUCUGAAGCGAAGUGUCCAAAUUGCUGAUCGGCUUGAACUGGACCAUAUCGUGUUAGUGUUUGACCAAGCUAUAUAUGCCAAGGCUCAACAAAUCCGUUGGAAAGAAGAAGACUUGACGAAGCGUCUAGUGAUAAGACUAGGCGAGUUUCACACAUGCAUGUCCUACCUCGGUAUUCUAGGGAAAAGGUUUGGAGAUGCAGGACUGCAAGACAUACUCAUUGAGUCUGAAGUGGUUGCCCCAGGAUCCAUCAAUGGGGUGAUCAGUGGUCAUCAGUAUAACCGCAGCAUGAGGGCGCACAAGCUUAUGUAUGAGUGUCUGCAACGCGCCAGGGUAAACACCUUCCUGGACUCUUUGCCACCAGUGGAGAGAGAUGAGUGUUUGGAUGUUAUUGAGGAGAUAAAAUGUGCAUUCCCAGAGGGAACAAUUGAAGUUUUGGGUGCUAAUGACAAAUUUGAAAAAAUCUGUUUUAAGUAUGCAGAAUAUGUGGAAAGGAGAAGUGCAGUCAACCAAACAUUUGCAUUCUGGAGUUCAUACAUCGAUAUGGUUCAAACACUCCUUCUGUUUGUGAGAGCAACAAGAGAAUCUGACUGGCAACUCCACCUGUCAACAGUGCGAUUGAUGAUGCCGAUGUUUUUUGCCUAUGAUCGUGUGAACUAUGCUAGGUAUCUACCUGCAUACUGGCUGGAAAUGGUCAAUUUGCCUGUAACACAUCCUUCUUGCCACAAUGACCUCAGUGUUAAAGGACAGUGGACUGUCCAACGUCAAAGUGUCCAUGGAUUUGCCUCGAUUGCCUGUGACCAGGCUAUUGAGCAAACAUGCAACCGAGAUUCCAAGACAAAAGGUGGAUGGACAGGGAUAACACAGAAUCGAGCUGCAGUUUAUCGCUGGAUAUUGUCCCAAAAUGAAAGGGCUGCUAUAACAAGACAAUGUGAGUCAAUGGCAGGUAAAUCUCCUGAACAACGGAAACGGAAAGACCUUGACAGCACACGGAUCCAUGCUGAUGAAAAGGCUGUGACUAGAAUAAGUUCCACCCUAGAUUCUAUGCUGAACCCUUUCGACACACACCACGAAGGUAUUGUGUGUCUUAGCUCUGGGACAGUAGCAGUUGAAGAAAUCAAGAAGGAUUUGCUCGCAGCUCCAGACAAGGGGGAAAAAGCUGUCAAAGAGUUUAUGGACCAGCGACUUUUGUCAAAAUCUGUCGACAUAUUCGCUCCCAUCAAGGCACUUAAACUGAAAACCUUUAGUGACCAGGCAAAGACGAAGAAGAAAUCUGCAGCGGGCAAGGAUGUGAUUCUACGGGCUGACAAGAAGCUGUUCUCCAGACUGCUCAUAAUAGGCCAGAGUAGAAAAAUUGACCUCAGGGAGAUUCUAUCCUACUCACUGGGAACGGUUUCCUAUCCUCUAGCCAGUACGGAUGGUUCACUUGCCAAAACUAACAAAUCAGCUCUCAUGGAUUUAUUAGAGGCUAAAGGUGGGGACUGCCUAGUUGAUAAAAUCCCAGCAAAUGGAGCUAUUUUGUUCGAUGGCAUGGCGGUCAUACAAGCCCUUCAGUCCAGACCAUCCACCUUUGGAGAGCUCGCUGAGACCAUACUAAAGUACUUAGUCAAGCUUGCUCUGCAGUACAAGUGUGAAAGGGUAGACUUUGUGAUAGACCAGUAUCCUGAAAUGAGCAUUAAAAAUGUAGAACGGUCACAUAGAGCUGUUGGUGGCACACAACAGGUGCAAAUUUAUGGAAGGAACCAGAAGACACCAACUCAAUGGAAAAAGUUUCUAUCUGAUGGAACAAACAAAGCGGCACUGGCUGAAUUCCUCUUUGAUGUGUGGAAAGAUGCUGAUCUAACUGUUGUGGGCAAGGACUUGACUGUAUACAUAGCACAUGGAGAACUGUGUCACUGCUUGAAAGUAACAGAUGGUUCACAAACUGUAAAUGCUGUUAAGGAUCUUGAAUGUGAUCAUGAGGAAUGUGACACAAGGGUGUUCUUACAUGCACAUCAUGCUGCACAGGAACAUGAAACAGUCAUCAUUAAGAGCCCUGAUACAGAUGUGGCAGUUAUUGCUUUAAGUCUGCAGAGAGAUUUUCCAUGUAGCUUGUAUUUCUUAACAGGAGUUGGCAACAGGACAAGAAUCAUUGACCUUGUUAAGGUGUCAACAGCCCUUGGAAACAGUGUGUGUUUGGCACUUAUUGGAAUUCAUACCUUCUCAGGUUGCGACUCCACAAGCGCCUUUCAUGGCAAGGGAAAAAGAAAGACGUUUUCUGUUGCUUGCGAAAAAGAAGAAUACCUGUCUGCAUUUACACAUCUGGGAAGCAGUUUUGAAUUGGACCAGUCAACAUUUGAUGUGCUGAGCAAAUAUGUGUGCCACCUGUAUGGCCAAUCAUCUGCAGAAAAUGUCAACGAUGCAAGGUACAGAGCAUUCUGCAUGGCAUCAUCAGCUUUGCCGGAACUCUCAAUACCCCCUACAAGUGACGCCCUGCACCAACACUGCAAAAGGGCAAACUACCAGGCUGCAAUAAUGAGACAUUCUCUCAAAGGUAAAAUGUCUGCCCCUUCACCCAAUGGCAAUGGAUGGCACAUUGAGGAUGGGGAGUUAAAAGUUACAUGGAUGACUACAAAUCCUGCCCCUGAGAGUGUGUUAAAGGUAGUCCACUGCAGCUGCAAGCAGAGCAGAUGUGAGUCAGGAAGAUGUUCCUGUAUGUCUGCAAGACUGUCCUGUACUGAUUUGUGUCGGUGCCAAAAUUGUGCCAAUAUUUCCAUGGAAACAGAGGAUAUAAGCAUAUGGGAAGAUGGCUCUGAUGAUAGUGAUGGCUAAGAGAUGAACAAUGUCUCCCUCGUUCAGAAUACUCAAAGUCACACUUAAUCAGUUAGUUCUCUAAUAAAAAUGUGAGUUUUUGCCAAAUUUGAGAAAAAGUAUUUUACUAUUUUUUUUGUUACUUAAGUUAAAUACUUAAACAAUUAAAAUAAAAUGUGAGGUUACAGUGCACUUGACCUUAAAACAAUUAUAAUUAUCAUAGUUUGAGUUUGUGCCAAAUUUGAGGAAAAUGUAUCAAAGAAUUCUUGAGAUAUGGCUUUAACAAUGUGCAACGUUAAAACAAAAUAAUACAAAAAUGUAUUUAAAAAAUACUUAAGACCUGCUGUGACAUCAACACAUUGUUUUGUUCAGGUAAAUAUUGUUUUAUACAAUAUUGUGUACAGAUUCUGAACUGUAAUGCAGUUUUUGUUGUAUUAUCCAUUUUUUGGCAUUAUUUGAUAUUUUGAUUGAUGUCAGCCAUUUUGGGCCAAAGUGUUCUUUAUUCUAUUUUAUUUUUU